AUGCGAGGGCUACCAGCUAGAGGACGGAGCCGGUCAAAGAAGUUAGUCCGCCAUCGCCAGCAACAUCCAGUGCGCUUGGCAACACUUAACGUUGGGACGUUCACUGGAAAAAGUCGUGAACUGGCAGACAGUCUCAGAAAACGCCGUGUUGACAUAUGUUGUGUACAGGAGACUCGCUGGAAAGGCUCCAAGUCAAGGGAAUUAGGCGAUGGCUACAAGCUCAUCGACCACGGCACAUCAAAUACAGGAGAAGUGGAAUUGCGAGUCGUAUCUGCUUAUGCGCCACAGAUGGGUUGUAGUGAAGAAGAGAAGGCGUGCUUUUGGGAAAAUCUGGAGCAGUACGUCCAAUCCCUGGAAGGCGAAGAAGUACUUCUAAUCGGAAGAGGCUUCAACGGACAUGUCGGUUCUCGGAAAGACGGGUUCGAGAGUUGUCCUGGUGGAUACGGGUUUGGAGCUGGCAACGACGACGGGUUGCGAAUCCUGGAGUAUGCUGUUGCAAGUGACUUGAUUAUUGCUAAACGCAGUAUCGGAAAAGAAAGUCGCAUUUGA